AUGGUGCUCGACCCCCUCAGUGCUGUGAGUCUGGUGGUGAACGUCUUUGACCUGAUCAACCACAGCAUCAACGUGGUCUCCAAGGCGCGAGAAGUCCAUCAAUUCGGGGCAGACAACGAGACCGUGGACAUUGAGGCGACGACAAAGGACCUCAGGGAACUGACGGGCAAACUUCAGCAGAAUAAACCUCCGGACGAGAACGAGCAGCCACGGGCAUCACACGAUCCAGCCCUUGAAACCAUCUGCCAGGGCUGCAGGGACGUCGCACAGGAGCUUCUCGAGGCACUAUCCAAGGUGACGGUGGAAGGGAAGAGCAGCAAAUGGAAGAGCACGAGAAAGGCCCUCCGAAGUGUAUGGAGCAAAGAGAAGAUAUAUGCCAUUGAGAAGCGGCUGAACACGUAUCGAGACGAGAUCAACCUCCGGCUGAUUGCAGACCUUAGAGAACGAGUUGACCUUCUCGCCCUCCAGCAGCUAUGCCUCUCUGACCUCCAGCGCGACAACACCAAAAUCAUUGUCGACGCCAUGAUCAACGACCGGCACAUCCUGCAACGGGCACUCCAGUCACAAACCGCCGACACCAGAAAAGCCAUAGCAGAGGAGCAGGCCAAGACCAGCAUGGCCAUGGUAGGCGCCGUGCAGGCCGCGGGAAGCAACAGCCAAGAGGAGCAAAGGAUCAUCUUCCGGCAGAUCUUCGAGGUCAAAGGGGCCUUAGAGCAGCUCAAAAUCGAUAUCCGCAAAAAGGAUGAAGAGUUCAAGGAGACGGUGCUGGCCUACAUCGCCUCUCACAGCCCCAAGAAGCGAAAGGCGCUGAAGGAGAAGAGUAACCUCAUUUCUUCGGCUUUGGUGUCGCUAGAAACAAUAUAUCGAAGUUUGCAGGUCCUCCUUGCAAGUCUACAAGGCAGAGUCAAGUCUCUCCUUGCGCCACUCAACACCUGCCAGCUUUGGAACGCCGUACCAUUUCCCGCUCCUGCUUUUCCUCCUGGCACAGGGACCACACAGUCCUGCGAUACGGCGCGGAUGCUUUACUACGCCUACUACUACCUCAGUCUUGUACGCGGGGAUCUGGUGCGGACAGACAUCCACACCAUCUGGCCCCUGCAGUCGGAGAGAUACGACGAGCUGGUAUCCGACGGCGCGCCAAACAGGAUGUAUGCAGUCGAGGCGGCAGAGUGGCUGCAGCUGAAGGACAGUGGCCCAUUGAAUCCCUCCUCGGGCAUGUCUUGGACCUGGCGCAUUGACGGGCGGUUGCGCGAGCUAUCCCCUGGCUCUUUGGCGUAUAACUUUGUCUGGGGAAUGGCCGUGAUCGCAGCGACCAUAUCAGAAUGCAUCGACGACACGACUGAGCCUGAUCCCUCUUCGCCACGCCCCUCGCAAGGUGUCGAGGUGGAGGGCGACGUCCACCUCACCAUCUUUUCGCGCCUCUUUGACGAACGAUAUCGCACAUCCGAGCAAAAGUUCACGCACGCAUCUAUCUCGGCACCCCAUCUCCGCAAAGAUGUCAAAGUAUGGCAAUCCGUUGGAGAAAUGACCCAUCUCCGAUCCAAAAUCGCCGAAUGGCUGGACGAGGAAAUGGGCAUGUUCGCAAAGGAACGUCGGCUUACUCCCGGGCGGCGGCGAGUGAUUCUGGACAUGAAUGAGAUACAAGAGCUAAUCAACGUACUGAUCCUCCUGACGGACAGGCAACCCAAUCAGCACGGUAUCACGCUGUCUUCGGUCAAAGUGUGUGCCGUGACAAACGUUCUGGCACGGUGUGGAAUCAAUGUACCACUGAGAAAGGGCGGGAUCGUGCCCCUGAUUGCGCAUCCAGAUAGGUAUGCGGAAAUAUCGCUUUGA